AUGGGCGUCACCUUCUCCGACCCCUGGGCAGACCUGGAAAGGACGCCCAACGGCUGGGGUGGAGCAAGGGGCCGUGGGAAAGGCAGGUUGCCCGCAUGCCCGGGCCAGGGGGCUAAGAGCCGAGGCAGUGGCGGCUGUAGGGGCCGCCCUGCCUUUGCUGGGCGCUGUGUGAUGUGGAGACGGGUGGCCAUGACUGAGGCUCUACCUAAGCUUAGGGAAGACUUCAGGAUGCAGAAUAAGUCUGUCUUUAUUCUGGGUGCCAGCGGGGAAACCGGCAAAGUGCUCUUAAAAGAAAUCUUGGAACAAAGCCUGUUUUCUAAAGUCACGCUCAUUGGCAGGAGGAAGCUCACCUUCGAGGAGGAAGCUUAUAAAAAUGUGAACCAAGAAGUGGUGGACUUUGAGAAGUUGGAUGACUAUGCGAAUGCCUUUCAAGGUCAUGAUGUUGGAUUCUGUUGCCUGGGUACCACCAGAAGAAAAGCUGGGGCGGAGGGAUUUGUUCGCGUUGACCGAGACUAUGUGCUGAAGUCUGCAGAGCUGGCAAAAGCUGGAGGGUGCCAGCAUUUCAACUUGCUGUCCUCUAAAGGAGCUGAUAAGUCAAGUAAUUUUUUGUACCUGCAAAUUAAGGGAGAAGUGGAAGCCAGGGUUGAAGAAUUAAAAUUCAAUCGUUACUCCGUUUUUAGACCUGGAGUUCUGUUAUGUGAUAGGGAAGAAUCUCGCCCUGGUGAAUGGUUGAUCAGGAAAUUCUUCGGCUCCUUACCAGAAUCCUGGGCCAGUGCCCACUCUGUGCCUGUGGUGACCGUGGUGAGGGCGAUGUUGAACAAUGCCGUGAGACCAAGCGACAAGAAGAUGGAACUGCUGGACAACAUGGACAUCUAUGCCCUGGGGAAAGCUGAUGACACUCUCAGGCCAUAA